GUUUACGGUGACACUCAUUAAUCAUUACUCGACAGAUGCCUCCCUCCGAGCCCACACCUCUGGCCUUGGGCGAAGACGACCAUACAGAUGACGCGGUUCCCGACUGGCUUCAGCCGAAGAAGAACAAGUUCAUAUGUUUGCCCAAGGAUCUACUCCACAGCCUCAAGUGCGACCCGGUCAUUGACUUCGAGAAGUCCAUGAUCAACGACCCAGAGGAAACGGGCAUGGCGUGCGACUCGCUGGUUAGGUUGUAUGCCUACGGCGAAGGAGUAUCGUACGUGCAUCACGUCGACUCUGACGGCAGAACCGGGGAUCCGGAGCUGGUCGAGUUCCGUUCAGAAGGCCAAAGCACCUGCCUUCAUUUCGCGGCGAAGCUCGGAGACUUGCCCCUCGUCUAUGAAUGCAUUCGCCUCGGACUUGAUGUCGACUGCCGCAACGUCAACGGCCGUACUCCCCUCCACUUCGUAGCUCAUGAAGUAUCGCGUUGCAGUCUCGGUCUGAUCGCGAAGCAACAGACGAACGACGAUACCAGCGAAACCAUCGCUCAGCUCAAGCGUCUUCGACGCAUUGCAGGUGUCCUCCUAGAACAACACGCCGACUUCCGCCUCACCCCACAUGGAAAACCACACAGCACGCCUCUUUAUUGGGCCGUGCACGCCAUGGACAUGGAGAUGGUCGAGCUGCUCAUCCUCCACGGUGCUUGUGAUGCCAUCACCCUCUACCAACUAUGCUAUCAAGUAGCUCAGGACAGCUCAUCCGCAUGUGCAUUCCAUCCCGAGAGAAUGCCGCCUCUGAUGGACCUCGUGCGCCGACUCGAGCGAAGUGGUCCAUCACCACGUCCGCCACGCCAAUGUCCCUGCUGGUCUGGAAAACUUCUUUCCGACUGCCACGGAAAGGGUUAUCAUCCUUACCCAUCGAGCUUUUCGUGCAUCUGUGGCCUGUCCAAGACGUACGAGAAGUGCUGCAAGCGCAGAAACUUCGAGAUUCUGGAGAAAUGGGACGAAGAGCGUAAGCGUAUGAGGGUGGUCAAGCGCAUGCACGUCGAUGGCUCUGUUUAUGAUUGGAACCCUUGGAGAAUAUCCGAUGUCAAGAACUCCCCUACAGAGUUUGAGCAGUUCAAAAAGGACAGACAUCUAGUCGCUGCCACCAUCCGGGUCAACGACGUCGCCAUAGAGGAGAAAGCCGAUCCCGCGUUUCGGUAUGCGCUCUCAAAGAACCUGGUUUUGCUCCGGCCCAUGGGUCGAUUGCUCACGAAGAAUAUGUGUCAACAACUAAGCGACAGGUGGAACGCUUACGUUGAUGAGUACAUUGCACUUGGCACGGAUUAUCGAAGCGUUCUCGAGAUCGAACAGGUCGCGAAACUGGAUGUAGAUUUCGGGCCACUGUGGAAAAGAUGCGACGCGACCGGUUGUGAAGUAGUUGGACGGCCUGGCUUUAAGAUGAAGCGCUGUCAAGGCUGCGAGAUGAUAUAUUAUUGCAACGCGACAUGCCAGAAGGCGCACUGGAAGCAACACCGAGCUGCCUGUAAGGCGCGCAACCAUCCGCCACAAGCAUUACGGUCUCAACGGAUCUAUACCUCCAUUUAUGAUGGUAUUGUGAAGCCUAUGCAUGAGUCUGGUGUCCCACUCGAGUAUUUUGAUCGUCUAUGAAACACUACCAUUCACAUUUGUGGAUUUCACCGCGAUAAAUUUCUAAACCUCGUUUUGCAAUGCCUCAUGCGUAUUCACGCGUGCAACGUUCACUUUGCACCCGUUAACUGCAUGCGUACGCAGCAGCAAUCCUGUUCUGUUGGUCGAUUCCUUCAUACCGCUAUGUAGUUGCCUACUCUGUCUUGCCUAUUCUCGCUCUUGUUAUGCAUUUGCUAUCGU